CUUCCGAUUUUGCCAAGAAGUCGAUCCAAUUAAAGGAAAAAUUAAUUGUCAUAGAUAUCCUAAAGGAGAGGAUGAGAAUGGCCGGAGACUAAUAUUUUAACGUUUUACAAUAAAUAAUGUGAUUAUUUUGGGAGGAUAAAAUUUGCGUUUGACACGUGGAGUACAUGCACAUAGAAGCUUCCAUCUUUUCAUGCAAAAAAGAGACCGCAAAAGAAGCCACGUUGCGAAUAAGCUAAAGUCCAACCAAACAAGAUAUAAGCUAAGGGUGGUGGACAGAGAACAGGAAAGGAAGAGAUGGAGACAAGCAACUAUGGUGCAACGGCGGAGCAGCAACCGAUAGCGGCUGAGACCGGUAAGAGUGGUUUGAUGGCGGAGCAGCCGCCAGUGGAGAUGCCGGAGGGGAAGAAGAUGAUGAGUUUACUGGUGGCUAUUGAUGAUAGUGACGAGAGUUUCUACGCGCUUGAAUGGAUUCUUGAUAAGUUGUUCAAGUACAGUGGUGGCACCACUCCUCCGACGGCGGAGCAGGAGUCCAAGGUGGUAACCAUAGUUCAUGUCAUGGAACCCCUUCCUCGCUAUGCCUUUCCUGGUGGAUAUGUAGUGGAAUCCGCAAGCAAAGCUCAAGAGCAAAAUGGUGCAAGAAUACUCUCUCGUGCAUUUGAGAUGUGCAGGGACAAAAUGGUCAAAGCUAAAACUCUUAUUCUCGAGGGAGAUCCAAAGGACAGGAUUUGUCGAGCCGUAGAAGAAAUGAACAUUGAUCUUCUUGUUGUUAGUAGCCGUGGACUUGGCCAAAUCAAGAGGGCGUUUUUGGGGAGCGUUAGCGAUUACUGCGCUCACCAUGCAAAAUGUGCAGUUCUCGUAGUAAAACCACCCAAGAAAUCAUCCCCUUGAUGGAACCAAAAAAUUUGAAAUAAUAAUUCAGAACCAAGAACUUGAGUCCCGCGAGUGAAAUAAGGUUAUUGUGUAUAUAUGCUCCCGUAAUCAAUAUUGUAUCGUGCGUAGUCGAGAUGAUCUUGUUAAACUUUAUGUAUGUUUAUGAUAUGAGUUGUUUCUAGUGUAUUUACUAUCCGCGCAGCUUUAAGCAUAUAAAAUUGAUUGUUAAAUA